CCCACCUCUCUGUGUAGCGGCUCCCACCUCUCUGCGUAGCGGCUCUUCACCUGCCGCCAGAGGCAUUCGUUUUUUAUUUACGAAAUGAUUUCCAUAGUAAGCGUGGAUCCAGCUGCGCUCCUUUCGAGCCCGACGAAUAUAACCCUCCCACAUAGUAUAAAUCGUCUACCAGGCACAGACACGCCUUAUCACUAUGUGCCGACACUUUGGAUCUGUGCACUCUUUGUCGCGCUGUUCGGGCUGUCCGGAAUCCUGCAUCUUAUUGAAGCCAUCCAUACCCGUCUGUGGUUUAUGAUCCCUACCGCUGUGCUCGCCAAUAUUGCGGAGGUGAUUGGGUGGAGUGCUCGCCUAUGGUCCAGCAAAAAUCCGCCAUUGAUCGACCCGUUCCUGAUGCAGAUCUCUACUACCAUCAUUGCCCCGACACCGCUGGUAGCAGCGAACUUUGUUAUCCUCGGACAGUUUAUUACACCGCCGGCGCGCCGUGAGGUAUAAAUGAGUUGAUGCCGUUACCGAACAGUUCACU